CUCAGAAAAAAACCCAAACAACAUGGCUAAAGCAUGGAUGUGCCUUUGCUUCCUCAUCUUCUUCUACCUCUCGUCAGAAAUAAACUUUGUCAAAGUCAACGCAGAGAUGAAGACAUGGUGUGUGGCUAAACCUUCAUCGGAUCAAGCAGCACUUCUAGAUAACAUAAACUACGCAUGUUCUCAUGUGGAUUGUCGCGUUUUAUCGAGUGGAUGUCCAUGUUACUCCCCCGGUAAUCUCAUAAACCAUGCUUCUGUCGCCAUGAAUCUUUAUUACCAAGCUAAUGGAAGAAACUAUUGGAACUGCAAUUUCAAGAACUCUGGACUCAUUGUCAUAACUAAUCCAAGCUAUGGAAACUGCUACUAUGACUACAAAUGAGCGAAAGUCAUAAGACUUCAUACGUCUUUGUUACAAGAAAUCAAAGGAGCAUGUUUUACGAGUUUUUAAUCUUAA